CCACGCAAUUGGGAUCCCGUUAGUCUCCUCUUACGGCAAGCAUAAGGAUCUUUUGGAGAUGGUUUGGUAAUUUUCAGUUGGUCUUGGAAUCCGUCUAAAACUUAAGUACCCGGUGUUCAAAAAGGGGGUUUAAGAUAUCCCAAUCAUAAUCAAUGGCGAUGAUGAUCACAAGACGAAAAAUCCCUCAUGAUAAUCAAUCUAACUCUCGGGCACCAUACAUUGGAAAUAGUGUCAAUGUUCAAAUUCCGAACACAUAACACAUUUGUAUAACACAUGUAGCAAGAUCAUCAAUCUAUUAAAGUGUGUUUAAAAACUAGUCCUAUGAAAAAGUACACGCUUAACAUUUUAAUCGAACUAGAUCAUGUAUAAUGGGGUUAAUGCAAUUCUAAUGCAAUUCCACUCGCUCUUGAUAUUUGAUAAUAGUAUUUAUUAUUAUCACGGAAUAACCGUGCUCGUGGGUUUCAUCAAACUAGCUUCCUCCCAUGUUAAGCUGAAAUGCUGCAGUGUGACUUUUUCCAAAUUCUGUUAAAUCCAGCUCAGUCACUAUAAAAUUGUAAAAUCAGUGCAGAAGAUAUUACUUCGGGUUUCAGCAAAUAACAUUGUACAUAAAUGGACAUAGUGAACCAACUUUCAUAACAUUUACUUUUGGUAAAAUAUAUUUGAUAGUGGUAGAAAAUGUAUUGUAUUUGUAUUGAAAUGCCUUGUGGUCACUGUUGCAGAUAUUUCUUCAUCUCGGCGAGACAUUUUAAGAUGUAUGUAUGACAGUGAUAGCUCAAAUCGAAAACUACAAGGAAGAGGAAGAGAAAACUGAUACUGGUACCAAGUGUUUUCGGAUUCUACAAUGAACAUGGGGAUGUGAAGUCGGAUGCUGCUUAUCAGGGUGUGUCAUGUUUGUUUGUUAUUAAACGCAUCACUGUGCAAUAUUAAGGCAAUAUGCCUGUAAAUAAUCGAGUAUGGACCAGACAGUCCAGUGAUUGACAUCAUGGGCAUCGACCCAGGCAACUGGGAUGCAUCAACCAAGUCAGCGAGCCUGACCACCCGAUUCGCAAGUCUAGAUAAAACUAAAACCUGUCUACUUUCCUUGAUUCCACAUAUGAAAACAGCAGAGGAAAAUAAUUGUAAUUAUUUAAAAAAAAAAUGUUUUCAUGACUUAGUGUUAGUCUACUUCUUAUCCCGAGUUGGGCAGAAUUUGAUGACGAGUUUGUAGUUGAAUUAUCACCUUGGGACGAAUAUUGAGAUGAUAUGAUUAGAUAAGUUUCAUAACUUUACAUAAUUAACACACUGGAAUCUCUUGUUUUGUUUUCUCCAGUAGAUGAUAUUGGCAUACAUAUUUAUAAUUACAUACAUUUUAUGUACACUAUAGGUAUUAACAUUAUUCACUAAUCCUCUGACCAGGGUAAUGUUUAUACAAGCUAUGGGCAUGCGACGUGUCGCAUGAUCUCAACUUAAAUGUACGAGUAUUUCCAUUGAUACACGUUGGUAAUGCUUCGACUCUUUUAACGGUUCAGUAUCAUAAUAUCAAUCCAUCAUCUGUAUCCACUCUAAGCUAUACCUGCUAUACAUAUAUGAGAAUAAUUUGUAAUAUCCGUUUUAGAGUUGAAGUACGGAGAUGACUAUUGACGACUGUGCUCUAUAACAAAUAUUUCAAAUGUACGAGAUAUGACGAAUGCAGGAAGCUACAUGUACCAUUCUAAACUCAAUACUCUUGACCCAGGACAUGAAUCAUUGCUAUUGAUACAGCUCCUCGUGCAUAUGCCCUCACACUUAAUCUUAAACUUCCCUAUAAGGCAAAACUAGCGAGUUCAUAGUUGGCACAGUUGAUAUGAUGCUCCAAGCAGUGUGCGUGUUUUUGUGGUGUGCCUCUGUUUGUUCCGGGCAGAAAUCUCAGUGGAUUAACAUCACCGGUAAUGGAUCAUAUUCCAGUAACAAAAAUACAGCCAAAAGUCCAUGGUGGUUAGCAGUCAAAGCGUGCGCCAGUUCAGGCGGGCACCUGUUUGUACCUCAGAAGUCAAUUAAUGAGCUGGAAAACUUACUUGAGGAAAACAAGGUGUACUGGGUUGGCGGAUUUCAAUAUUCGUCUUUGGUAUGGACAGAGGACAGGGCCAGAUAUUACACGAGAGUCGGAUACAUGUCCCCUUCUGAAGCAAAAGAUGUCGUUACUGUUACUAAAGAAAACAAUUCUGUAUUUACUUGUCAUCUGGCAUGUGGAGAUACAUUUGGUCUUUUCGGUCUGAAGGGCGAUUCCUGCUACUGUCUCGGUCCCCUGAGCAAGCAACUCAGCUUGGACAUUGUUAAAAAGACGAGAGCGACAGAGAUCCGAUGUCCCGGGGAUUACAAUGAGCUGUGUGGAGAUGACACAACGAUAACUGUGUACAAACGAGGUACGCCGAGCGUAACCGUCUCACUAUCUGGAAGGUGUGGCUACGUAGAGAAAGGAAGGGGUGAAAGACGAGACUACCAAUCAUUCUACCUCGAUGGGAACUGUGAGACCAAACGAUUCUCUGCAUGCAAGAAACCUACAGAUGCAGCUGGGCUUUCCGACUGUUCUGGAAACGUAUGUGUUGACAAUGUAAAUAAGACAUGGCAAGAGGAACGUGGUGACUGCAGACUGGUUAAAGUAACAGACUCUAAUACAAAAAAUCUUCGAACUGCGAUGAAGUACUCUUCUUACUGGAUUGGGUUGAGACGUUUUACAGAAUGGAGAUGGAUUAAUGGAAUUACAGUGGAUCGGAAGUUUAGUGGUGAGGACUUUGCGAGACAAUGUCUGGCGGCUCGUCGGAACGGUGUCACAUUAUUCCUGGACUGGCGUAAUUGUUAUGAAAGAUACCCAGCUGUAUGCCAGUCAGUUACCGAAUCUACAAAGCUACCAGAGCGUAUGACAACAAAAACAAUGACCACCAACAUUCCGGGGACCACUCCAGUGUCCACCUCUGCCACCGAUUCUGUGACACCGAUGGCAGACAAUCUUCAACCGGAUACACAUGUGACGGAUGUGGGCGUGGCAGUGAGUGUCGUGGCUGUGUCGGCUGCGUUUGUUAUAAUUGUGUUUAUAACAUUGAAAAGGAAGAAGAUGUACUGCUUCAAGAUGAAUGCACGUUGUGACAGAGCCACGGGACAUACUCACUCUGAUACUGGCCCCAUGUCGUGUAAUGACGUCUCUCCGAGCAGCAUACAUGGUCCUGCAGAUGGUAAUUACUGCAUCAUUGAUGACGUCGAGUCUUUAAGGCUGUACCAUCACAUCAGAGGAGCUUCUGGGGAGGGCGGGGAGUAUGAUACGACCCGACAGGUGCAACGUGUAAGACGAGAUGACAGUACCUAUAAUCAUAUCUAUACUGAACAUGAUCUUCAUGCUGCGGACACUGGAGAAGAUCAGAACAAUGUGCUCAAGCUUGGAAGAUCUCCGGGGCAGACUAAUGCUAGCGCUGGGGUGUAUCACCAUGUUGGACCUGGUGUGGCGGGUGAGGGUGAAGAUCAGUACAAUGUGCUCAAGCUUGGAAGAUCUCCGGGGCAGACUAAUGCUAGCACUGGGAUGUACCACCAUGUUGGACCUGGUGUGGCGGGUGAAGGUGAAGAUCAGUACAAUGUGCUCCCGCGUGGAAGAUCUCCGGGACAGACUAAUGCUAGCACUGGGGUGUAUCACCAUGUUGGACCUGGUGGGUCGUUUGAAGGUGAAGAUCAGUACAAUGUGCUCCCGCGUGGAAGAUCUCUGGGGCAGACUAAUGCUAGCACUGGGGUGUAUCACCAUGUUGGACCUGGUGGGUCGUUUGAAGGUGAAGAUCAGUACAAUGUGCUCCCGCGUGGAAGAUCUCUGGGGCAGACUAAUGCUAGCACUGGGGUGUAUCACCAUGUUGGACCUGGUGUGGCGGGUGAGGGUGAAGAUCAGUACAAUGUGCUCCCGCGUGGAAGAUCUCUGCGGCAGACUAAUGCUAGCACUGGGGUGUAUCACCAUGUUGGACCUGGUGGGUCGUUUGAAGGUGAAGAUCAGUACAAUGUGCUCCCGCGUGGAAGAUCUCUGGGGCAGACUAAUGCUAGCACUGGGGUGUAUCACCAUGUUGGACCUGGUGGGUCGUUUGAAGGUGAAGAUCAGUACAAUGUGCGUGCUCCCGCGUGGAAGAUCUCGGGGACAGACUAAUGCUAGCACUGGGGUGUAUCACCAUGUUGGACCUGGUGUGGCGGGUGAGGGUGAAGACUUGGUUAACGGAUGAGGGUGUUAAGAGCACAACAAAGCACAGAGAAACAUUUUAUACAUACAAUCAGAUACGACAAAACAGAUGCUACCCAGAUACGUACAGUUGGACAGGCUAGACGGGCAUCUGUCCGGAAUAAGCUGCUCGUCUCCCUUAUGAAGAUUAGCAUAAUAUUCUUUCUUACACGUGGGAGAUCACUAUUGCGGACAGAGCCAACAGGGAACAUUGGCUGAAGGACGUCAUGGUCAGUGGGUCAACGGGUGUUAAAGUGACAGUCGUCAUGACGCUAGGGAAAGCAUAGACAAUAUCAACGUUGACGUUUAGAGGGUGAAGGCUUCUGGUCAUGUUGGCGGCUGCUACAGGAACCGGAGUGAGUGAGUGAGCGAGUGAGUGACGUGGGGUCUCGUCGUUUUGAACAGUAUUUCCGUUUUUAAAUAGAACGGUAGUUUAAUGUCAGAGUCAACUAAUGAGAAGGAUUUAGCGCUCCAAGGCCAAGGAUAAUAAUAGAAAUGGAAAUGGGAUUCUUAGCCGUGACAGCUAAAGGGAUGCAACUCUUCACAGCCCCCGACGACUACCAGGCAAAACACAGAUAUGGUCUCUGCUACAAUGUAUGAAUUCGCCCAAGUUGGAGGGAUUCUUCUGGGCAAUACAAGGGAGAUAACUGGUCUUUACUUUACAGGCUGUCAUGUUAGAAACUAUAUAAUUUAGGCGUCAUACAGUAAUGUUAACUCAACUUGUACACAGGGACGGCCAGUAUAAAUUGUAGUAAUAUGACGAGGUUUUAUGCGUCCCUCCUUAGGUUUUAUAAUGAGGCAUAAAACCACAGGUACCCCGAGUGAUACUGCUACAACGAAUUUAUCUCACCGACAUGUUUUAAUAUGACUUCAUAAAAGAAUUCAACAAAUUCAAAAGUGAUAGAAAACUGCUGUUCGAUUGAGCUAAGAUUAACUAGUGCUAUGUCACCUGACUCUCAAUGAAUCGGAAAAAGCGAGCGGCUGUUUGCUUCGAAGCGGGGCUUAAGGGAUUUAUUCUUCCUUUCAGAAAUCCACGUGCAGCAUGUCUUGUUCGUGGCGGGGUAUAGGGGAUAUAUUCUCCC